CUCGUGACGACGCGUGUUCGCUGCUCCUCUGCUUCCAUGCUGCUUCCUGCUCCUGCUGUGUGUUUUCAUGCCUUUGCUGGUAGUUUGGAGGCGGUUUCACGGUUUCACGGUUUAAACAGUGGCAGUGUGGCAGGAGAGCUGUGAGAGAUGAACAGUGAAAACUUCAGCCUGAGUGAGAAGAUAGUGUCACCCUCCUACAUUCGGCAGGGGAGCCAGGCGCGGCGUGGCCACGAGCAGCUCAUCAGACACUUACUGGAGCAGGGGAAAUGUCCAGAGGAGGGAUGGAGCGAGAGCACCAUAGAGCUCUUCCUGAAUGAGCUGGCUGUGAUGGACAGCAAUAACUUCCUCGGCAACUGUGGCGUGGGAGAGAGGGAAGGCCGGGUGGCAUCCAGCCUUGUCGCAAGACGACAUUACAGGUUGAUCCAUGGCAUAGGUCGGUCAGGUGACAUUGCUGCUAUUCAGCCCAAAGCUGCAGGAUCCAGUCUGCUUAACAAGCUGACCAAUUCAGUUGUGUUGGACAUCUUAAAGCUCUCAGGUGUCCGAAGUGUGGCGAGCUGCUUUGUAGUUCCCAUGGCGACAGGAAUGAGCUUGACUUUGUGCUUUCUGACCCUUCGUCAUCGGAGACCCAAGGCUCGCUACAUCAUUUGGCCUCGCAUUGACCAGAAGUCCUGUUUCAAAGCCAUGAUCACAGCAGGCUUUGAACCGGUGGUGGUGGAGAACGUCCUUGAGGGCGAUGAGUUGCGGACAGACUUAGAAGCAGUUGAGCGCAAGAUUGAGGAGCUCGGAGCCGAAAACAUCCUGUGUGUUCAUUCAACAACGUCCUGCUUUGCGCCACGGGUCCCUGACAGGCUCGAGGAGCUGGCCGCUGUGUGUGCCAAAUAUAACAUUCCCCACAUAGUUAACAAUGCAUACGGAGUACAGUCGUCCAAAUGCAUGCACCUAAUACAACAGGGGGCGCGUGUUGGGAGAAUUGAUGCCUUUGUACAGAGCUUGGACAAGAACUUUAUGGUUCCAGUAGGUGGCGCCAUAAUCGCAGGUUUUGAUGAAUCCUUCAUAGAGGAGAUAAGCAAGAUGUACCCUGGUCGAGCAUCGGCCUCACCUUCCCUUGAUGUCCUCAUUACCCUUCUCACUCUGGGAGCCAGCGGCUACAAGAAGCUCCUGUCAGAAAGAAAGGAGAUUUAUUCGUUCUUGGCUCAGGAGCUGAAGAAUCUGGCCUCUGCACACGGGGAGAGAUUGCUUCACACCCCACAUAACCCCAUUUCACUGGCCAUGUCUCUGGAUGGUUUCCAGGCCGAGGGCGACAAGGCUGUGACUCACCUGGGCUCCAUGUUGUUCACCCGGCAAGUGUCAGGAGCCAGGGUAAUACCGCUGGGCAAGGAGCAGACCAUAAGCGGACACACGUUCCGCGGCUUUAUGUCGCACUCUGAGGCGUACCCCUGUCCUUACCUCAAUGCUGCCUCAGCUGUGGGUAUCACUCGUGAAGAUGUGACACUCUGCAUUAAAAGGCUUGACAAGUGCCUGAAGACCUUGAAGAAAGAGGGAAGUGUGGCGAAAAGUAGUUCCCCAGUACUUCCUUUGUGCCAGGAGGACACUACUGGCUAAUGACUGAAAUAAGAACAUUCUAACAGGCAAAGUAGACAGAGUGAUUUCUGCUUAGUUUGAGCCCUCUCCUGCCUGCACUUAUUUCUCAGCUGAUUUUGGACUGUGUGUAUUUUAAAUGGCACUUGCUGAUGGAUUAUCAAUCCAGACAUUGACUUGAACGCUGCAGCAACCGCUAAUGAUGAAACUGUGUGCAGGUGUUCAUUACAAACAAAAAUGAUACAAGCUGAAGUCACUGAUUAAUUCCCUCCUCUGUGAAGGCGUGCUAAUUAGUAGAUAAUGUAAGGACACAAGCUGCAUACAAAUGCCUCUCGGGAGCAUAUGGUUGUUCACCACUGAUCUAAAAUUAGACCAAAGCAUCUGCAAAGACCAUCGCACUGUUGUCUGUACGUUUUGAAAAUGCUUUACUUUAUUAUGGAUUUGGACUCAAAAUGGAUUAUGUAGCUAUUGUUUACAGUGGCCUUUACUUGAUGUGUCAUUUUUCUUAACUAAAGCCAUCUAAAGCCUC